GAAGACUGAGAAACGCCAUGGCUGGCUGUCGACUCUGCUGUCGUUCUAUCACUCUGUCGACGCUGCAGUCGUCCUAGCAUAUCGCCACCUGUCCUCCUCUCCUCCUCCUCUCCUCCUCCUCCUCUCCUCCUCCUCGUCCGCCUCCUCCUCUCUUCAUCCGGGACAACAGAAAACAGGCGUCGUGCUACUCUCCCUCUCUCCCUCUCUCCCUCUCUCCCUCUCUCCUCUCUACUCUCCGAGGAAACACCUCCUCCUCUUCCUCCUCCUCCUCCUCCUCGUCCUCCUCCUCCUACUCCUCCUGCUGCUGCUGUUGCCAUGGAGGUGACAGGCGGCGCUUCCGCUUCGAUAGGCUUGCAGGAGAGCUUCCGCCAUAGCCGUCCUGCUAAUCGAGGUGCUGCUUUCUUCCCUCCAUUCAUCCACGACUCCUCCUCCUCCUCCUCCUCCUCCUCCUCCUCCUCCUCCUUCUUUGUCGCCUUCCUUGUCCUCCUCCUGGCCAGCAGUGCUGCUUCUGAGCCGCAAUGUGGCCUUGGAGCUGCCAUUGCCACGUGUGCUAAUAAUCUCUGCUGCAGCCAGUUCGGAUUUUGCGGGAAUACCAUCGAGUACUGCGGCGAGGGGUGUCAAAGCAAUUGCGUGCUAAGGGAGCCCAGUCUGGAGGGGGUUCGAUGUCCAGUCACACCGCCAACCCCCAAGCCUUACACAGGGAGAGCUUGCAGUUCGCGCGUGCGCGUAAGCGGGGGGGGGCGCACACACCGCAGCUUGAGAGCGGCCAGCUGCUCUCCUAGAGUGGAUAUCAGCGAAUGCCAGUUGUACGAGAUCAUGGGAGGCCGGUCUCGAUGCCCCAACUGCCGGUUUUACUACCGGUAUAUAGUCGAUGCCAUGAAGAAGUUUCGGCUGAACUGUCCAGAUCGAAUUGCCGCGUUCCUAGCGACCGUACGGCACGAGACUGACGCGCUGCGCACUCUCUUUCAGCCGGUCGACUGCGGGGGGGGGGGCAUCCACAUGAUCCCGCUGAACUUCCCGCUCUUUCUGUCCGGGCGCGGGAAACUGCCCGCGCUGAGGCGGCAGUUCGAGCGGGUGUUCCCGCGCGGAUUCCGCGUUGGCGCCAACACCACCUGCGCGCGGGAAUUGCUCUGCGCCUCGCGCAUCGUGCAGCUGCCGCAGAACGCCUUCGAGACGGCGGCGUGGUGGUUUCAAAUCGGAUCCAGACGCGCGCUCGGCGCGCAGGGCUGUCGCGACUUGCGUCGGGAUGCCGACGUGGGCCUGGGUGUCCCUGAAGGGCCCAAUGGGACCCGCCCUGCCACGGGCUUCUACAAGAUCAGCCGUUGCGUCUUCGGUUCGGCGCCUGAUGCCGGUCUCGGGCAGCGGCUAGACUACUACCACGAAGCUCGAAUGGUGACAGAUAAGCUCCUCAAGUGAAAACCACACACGUGGGGGGAGUAAGGAUAAGGAUAUGGAUAAGGAUAUAACACUUUGUUAGAUUGACAUGCGAGGAAAACAAACAAAAACAAAAAAGAGAAUGAGGAACGGACUCCGAGGAGCUGUGCAUUGGCUGGUGGCAUCGCUUCCCUGCCGUCAAAAUCCUAGACAUGCUGAGGAGGACAAAGAGGCGGGGGUACAGCGACCGGAGGAAGAGAGGUCCCGGGGCUAGGUCCCACUUACACGAAUUAAGCGAUAUUGACCGAAGAUAGCAAAGAUCAACAGCCAGAAUCUCUUAAUCCGUGCAAGUGGGACCUUGCCCCCUCCACUGGGCCGUAGCCGUGGGAUUCAGAUGCCAACGAAACCAGCUCGAGUUUAAUUGACGAAAACAGGAAAAAGUCCCAAAAAAAAAAACAAAAAAAAAACGGAUGGAUAAAUCGGGAAAAAAAAAGGAUGUAUAAAUCGAGCCCUCGAGGUGGGUGUCCCUCAAGAUUCCACUGACGCCAACAGAAAAUGAAACUUUUGAGGUCCGACUGAUGGUUGGAAAGUUUGGUGGUGCCGCAAGGCGAUUUGGGAAGAGCGCCAGGUGCACACAACCUUGCCCUUCGGAACGCGUCGGCGAAAUUUCUAUGAAGUUUCAUGCUCUGAGUACAGUACAUGCGGAGAAGGAAGGAAUGCCAAUCUGUCGAUGCUUGUACGAGAAGCCAUCAAUAUCCACUGUUUUCACUCUUCCUCUUCUCCCUGUUUUCACUUUCUUCUUCUUCUUCUUCUUCCUCUCAAUGCCGCUCAUAAAUUUUCUUCUUCUUCCUUCUUCCUUCUUCCUUCUUCCUUCUUCUUCUUCUUCUUGUCAAUGCCGCUCAUAAAUUUUCUUCUUCUUCUUCUUCUUCUUCUUCUUCGCUGUACAUGCUUGUUCCUUGGGAUAUAGUUUUCCCUCUUCCUUAGAAAAACGUUCGGAGUUGGAACUUCCCUCCUCCUCCAUUCCCAUCCACUCCUCUCCCCGCCGCUCUGGGAUGCCCGCCCCUCUUCUCCUUGUCCUUUUCCGCCAUCUCUCUCCUUUUCCAGCUUUUGUCCUUUGUCUUUUUUUUAGGUUUCCUCUGUUCUGCCCUAUGCUUGCCUUACAUUCUCUCUCUCUCUCUCUCUCUCUCUCUCUCUCUCUCCUUGCGUAAUAUUCAAAAGGAUGCC